AUGGCGCCAAUCGCAUUAGACGACGGGGCGGUACCAGCUGUAAAUGCAGCCAAGGUCGCUGCUGCAGCGUCCGUGAAGAAAGAACUCACCCCGUUAGAGGCGCUUGCCCACCAGGCAAAUAGCAAACCUCUUCCCAAGAUCCCUUCAUUCAACACGCAUGAGGAGAAACGACAAUGGCAACUAGAACACAUGGCCGCGGCUUUCAGGGUAUGGGCGCACGAGGGCUACGCGGAGGGCAUCAGUGGACACAUCAGUGUGCGGGAUCCAGAAUUUGACGAUCGACUAUGGAUCAACCCACUCGGCGUUCAUUACGGCAUGAUGAAAGCAAGCGACAUGGUCUGCAUCAACUACAUGACCGGCGAAGUCGUAGGUGGAAAUACUGAAAUCCCAGCGAACGCCGCCGGUGUCUCGAUUCACAGUGCUGCACACAAGCGACGGCCUGAUGUUCAUGCAGUCUGCCACGCCCACUCGAUUUACGGACGUGCGUACUCAGCGUUCGGAAAGCCGCUGGAGAUGCUCAACCAGGACGUCUGCAACUUUUACAAUGCCCACUCCGUGUAUGAGACAUACGGCGGCGUGGCUCUCUCGGGUGAGGAAGGCGAGAACAUUGCAGAAGCUCUCGGUGGGGGCAAAGCUUGCAUCCUCGCCAACCACGGCUUGCUGACUGUCGGCAAUACUGUGGAUGAAGCUGCAUUCCUAUAUAUGGUUCUCGAGAGGAGCUGCAAAGCGCAGUUGCUUAUUGAAGCAGCUGUGGCCGGUGGCAGAGUACAAAAGCAGCUUAUUGGUCACGAAGAAGCCGCAUACAACUUUAAGAUGAACAGUGACCCGGAAACAUUGUACUUUGAGAUGCAGCCUCAUAUCAGAUAUGAGGAAUACCUCCAUGGCAGCGACUACAAGAACUAG